UUUGUGACCUCCGAUUUCCUCUCAGCGGACACAGCACCCCCUCAGGAACAUGCCAUCUCAGCGAAGGAUGCCGGCUGGCCUCCACCCAGAGUGGGGUCAGCAAGCCUAGCCCAAACAAGCCAGAGGGGGCCCCAAGCACCCAGGUCACUGUCGGGGACCCCCAGGCACUGGGUUCAGGCUGCAGUAAUUCAGGGAGCAAGUUUCCGAGGCUGGAAAGAUGUGACUUCUCUGUCUUACAAGGAUGAUGAACAGCACCUGCUGGAAAGGCGCAGACCCCCCAAAUCCAGAGGAACAAAUUUACGAUUAAAAGAAGAGUUGAAGACUGAGAAGAAAUCUGGAUUUUGGGACAAUUUGGUUUUAAAACAGAAUACACAGUCCAAGAAACCAGAUGAGAUUGAAGGUUGGGAGCCUCCAACACUUGCCCUUGAGGAUGUGGCAGCCGACUCAGGGGACACAGAGAGUGACCGUCCGUCCCGGCCAGGUUGGGAGGAGGGCGCCAAGGGCUCCAAGUACACCAGCCUGGCCGGUGCAGGGAACAGCUCCCGCUGGAGCCUCAGGUCGGCCGGGAAGCUAGUCAGCAUUCGCCGGCAGAGCAGAGGCCACCUGACGGACAACUGGGAGGAGCUGGAGUGACGGUGUCCGCGGACGGCGCAGCUCCCAAGUAUCAAACCAAAAUCUGCCUAGUUUUGCACUUUUGCAUCUCAUUUCACUCAGAUUCUUAGAGUUUGCCGCAUCGUGGUGAUUUUUCAGUAGUGCAUCCAGUUGUUUGGUCUUCCCCCUGUGAAGAGAGCAGGGAAUCUGCUCUGAGCUGUUUCAUUUUUUGACUGUCCUUUUCAUAUGCUGAUUUAGGGAAUUCCCAGCAUACUGUGAUUCCGCAGACCACACAGCGACUGCCUUACCACGGAAACACCCACUCCCUGUCAUUCUUGCUGCUGAAAAUGGAGACAUGAGGCGUUGACGCUGUCCUGGGAUGACUGCAGUUCUCCACAAAACCGUCUUCCCGCGUCCUCGGUCGUGCUUCUCUGCUCCUGACUUGACACCUUCUCUGCAUGUAGCACCUGUGUAGAGUCUACGACACAAGAAUGUAGCGGUUGUGCAAUUCCCUUCUGUUGCCAGAAAUCUGCAAUCCAGGUGUAGAAUGAAUCUUCCAGUUACGUUACACUGUGUUUAACCUGGCAAACUAAACUCUUCUUUUGUAUUAAAUUUAAAAAUAUGUAAGUCAUUUGAAAACUGCAGAAGCCAAGGCUGUGCUGGACCCAGCACGAAACGCCACCACUGCCUGCAGACGCAGCUUCGUCUCCUGCCUCCAGUGUGUGCGUCAGGUGGUGACGGUGGUUCUUUCUUAUUUACUUCUCCUGAACUUUUGAAUAUUGAUCUUUAUUUUCUUCUAAAAAUUUGUUCUCCGUUUUUGAUCGCAGAUUAAAGAAUGCUAUAAAGCAUGGAUCAGUUUUAGUAACUAGACACAAUUUUUGGGAAAUACGGACUUGCUCGUUAUGGAGUUAUGAUUGUAUAAAAUGCUGGAAGUGCCUCUCUCCUGCACACCCAGGGUUUUAUUUCCCUUUGAUAAGAGACUGAGGUUGCUGCUGGAGCCCUGGAGCUGCCACACGGUAGCACCACCCCCUCCUGUGUCUCUAGACUUGAACUGUGUCCUUGACUGAGUGACCUCAUGUCAGGUACCCAGGCACGUGUCUCCACGGUGGGACAGCUCAGAGCCACAGGAGCACGGGCCUGUCUUAGGUAACGGAGGUUCUGCGAGAAGUUACAGGUUUCUUUGGUUAAAGCCUCCAGUUACACUGUGCGCUCUUCUCAUAAAAAAGGCCGCCCUCCGGUUGUUCCCCGAGAGUGUCUAUGCUGUUCCAUUUAAGGGGCGUCGUGGGCUUUCCCACGGGCUCCGGAGGGGGACAGAGUCAUUACCAUCUGUCAGUCCAUCUGCCUGUGUCUCCGUAUCAUCUCUUGUUUUAACAGAACAAGAAGUUUACUUCACUGAGCCCUGGAAGAGGAACAUGUUGUAAGUGGUGUUCAAAUCCAUUUUGUGGAGAUUUUUGUUUCUUAACAGCAGAGUUGGAAACCUUGCUCCUCAGGUAGAUAGCUGAGCACGUAAAGGCACUUGCUGUGGUUGUGCAGACGGCUCUGAGCAUGGUCCGCGCUGUGUCACAGCAGGAGCCACUGUGGGUGUCUUGUGCCGAUUCCUGCAUAGAGGUGGCGGCAGGGACACUGAGACUCUGGGAAGUGAGCCCCGUGGGGUUGGGGGUGGGGAUGCUGGCCCCCCCCAGGUCUGCGCACCCGCGAGCAGUGACAGAAGUGCCUGUAGCCCCUCUUGGUUGACGCCCCCAGGAUGCACCUGUGUAGUGUUGUUUCUCAAUGUGAAGACAAAGCCAGAUGGGGUUGGAAUACGCAAACCAUACUUCUUAUCCACAAAAAUGAAUGUGAAAAUGAAUUUUUCUUAUGUUGUAUCUGAUCAAAUGAAAGUAACUAUGUUUGUGGCUUUUAAUAUAUUUAUUGGCGUGCUUUGGGGGAAAAUAUUUUUUCUUGAUAGAAUUUACCAAAGCAACUUUGUUUUGUUCAUCAUUUUUAAUAGGAAGGGGACUGACUUCAAGGUAGAAUUCAUCCUUAAUGCUGAGGUUUCUUUUAAAUAAAGACGUGGUUUGUAUCCUCUCA